UCAACUUGAUACUAUCACCGGGAAGAACUGAAAGCAUUGACACGGGGGAGCUCUUACCAGGUUCCUGGGCGCCGUCUCAAUAUUCCUACAUACACAUAGCAGUAUAGCGCCCUGUGCUUCUCGCACUCCUCCCUGACAAUGGAGUCCAUUUGCCCAAUAGACUCGCGGUGUGCCAAUGAAAUUGCAGCUCUUCUCAGUCCUCCGUCACCUCUUCAAGUCCAGGAAUAUUAUCACAAGCUUUUAUCUGCGAGGAAGUGCAGUAGUAUCAUAGUCCAACAGGAUGAAAAUUUUGGAAAGGGUGUGUAUGCUGCCAUAGACUUCAAUGACGCAGAGCUUGUUCUGAAAGAUCAAAUGCUAGUUGGGGUUCAACACUCUUCCAACAAGAUUGAUUGUUUUGUCUGUAGUUCCUGCUUUUGUUUUCUUGGUUCUAUAGAACUUCAAAUCGGAAGGAGGCUUUACAUGCAAGAAGUAGGGGCAUCUGAGAGUCAUAAUUGUGAUAUGAGUGACUCUUCAAACGCAUCAAAAUACAAUAAUGACACAUAUUCAUCUGAUGGAGAAGAAAGUUCAUAUAAAAAAAGGGAGGAUGGCGCUGGUGAAUGUAGUUUUAGUAGUCCUGAAGCUAAAGUUCAUGUCCCUGAAGGAGUUGUUCAAUCAUUAAUGAACGGCCACAUGAUGCUUCCUUACUCCAACAAGUUCUCCUUGCCACCAGCUGUUCCAUGCCCUGGUGGAUGUGGAGAGUCAUUCUACUGCAGCACAUCAUGUGCAGAGGCUGAUUGGAAAUCCUGUCAUUCUUUGAUUUGUACUGGUGAGAAGUCUGAUACAGCACGUAGGGAGGCACUUCUAAAAUUCAUCAAACAUGCUAAUGAAACAAACGAUAUAUUCCUCCUUGCUGCAAAGGCUAUUUCUUCCACCAUUGUAAGGUACCACAAGUUAAAAGAAAGCUGUCUUUUAGAGCAAGGAAAACAUGAUACGUCACAUCUUUCAAACCAUUGUGAUCUCACUUUUCUUUUGGAGUCUUGGAGACCUAUAGCAAUGGGACACAAGAGAAGGUGGUGGGACUGCGUUGCAUUGCCAGAUGAUAUUAAUUCUUAUGAUGAAGUUGCAUUCAGGAUGCAAAUAAGAGAUCUGGCAUUUGAGUCACUCCAACUUCUAAAGAAAGCUAUAUUUGACAGAGAGUGUGAACCAUUAUUCUCCCUGGAAAUAUAUGGGCACAUCAUUGGCAUGUUUGAGCAAAACAAUCUUGAUUUGGUAGUAGCUUCUCCUGUGGAGGAUUACUUUUUGUACAUUGACAAUCUAACAUAUCCUGAAAAGGAAAAAGCUGAGGAAAUUACACAACCAAUUCUGGAUGCUCUUGGUGAAGACUAUUCAAUUUGUUGCCAGGGAACUGCUUUUUUUCCUUUGCAAAGCUGCAUGAACCAUUCUUGUUGUCCUAAUGCCAAGGCAUUCAAAAGAGAGGAGGAUAGAGAUGGUCAAGCAACAAUAAUUGCAUUGACGUCAAUUCGUAAAGGAGAAGAGAUAACCAUCUCAUAUGUCGAUGAGGAUCUUCCAUUUGAAGAGAGACAGGCAUCCCUUGCAGAUUAUGGUUUCAGAUGUAGGUGCCCAAAGUGCAUUGAAGAACAACCAUAGUACCGAAAUUCAGUGGAACCAAUCAUGAUCUUUGACGUCUUUUAAGACAUGUGUUCUUUAUACCCAGGAUCUUGAGUAAAGAUGAAAAGGAAAUACAAGUUAAAAUCAGAGGAAGCAUGCGUUAGUUCCAAUAUUCGUUUCAUGCAGUAUCUUGUAGCUGUUAAUGUUUUCGUUUCUUUCUUUUAUAUUCCUAUGUAUAAACCAAAAUUUAUAAAUCAGCAAGGAAUAUAUGAACUAGCGUUGCAUUUUUUAACGUAUCAUGAAA